AUGGCCGAAACCCGCCUCACAUUCACUUGUGAGUACGCGCUGAUGCAGUUCCGGGGGAUCGAAUCUGCUCAUGAGCAGCGGCAUAUUGUGCAGGUCGAUCGAGGAAACCAAAAUCGUACUGGAGACUGGUUCUCGCAAUCAAGCUCCAAGGCAGCUGCUUUCCGCCAACGACGGAACCAUGAAUGGAAGAAACCGAGGGCAAGCAUGGACAUCGCAAUCAGUUCUUCGGGCAGAUCUCAGGACCGACGCGGGCCAUCAACAGAAUUGGCCGUUGUCGCCGUCACCAACGCCAGGAUUCCAAAUGACGAGGAAGAAGUUGUUGAGGAGCUCGCCAGAAACUUGAUCCUCUCGACAGCACCACACAGAGCCAAGAAGAGCGCACAGACCAACGUCAAGGGUCUUGGGGCUAUCCGCGCUGUGCAGAAAAAGAUUCUCAAACUUGCCGACGAGGCAACGACUGCCACUGAAUCGGCCCCCAACACGUAG